ACCUUCUCAAGGUUCUUCUUUCCCAAAAUUCCACAACAAAGACAACCUUUGCCUUCUAAUAUUUUACAACAAAAUUUAUCUUUACUUCUUAAACUUCCGCCUUUAUUUCCAAAAGCUAAAUCCAUCUCUACCUCCUAA